AUGCUUCAUGGACACCCUCAAAGCUUCAGCCUUGACCAUGUCGCCUGUGAGACGGAAGCAUAUGGUAGAGCAUCAUGGCGUGGCGCUGUAAAAACUGGUGCACAAGUUGCAGAGGACAAGAUAACAGCGUUGGCAGAAGAAAAGCAUGACAUAGCUUAUGGGAGGCCAUUAAAAGAAUACAUUGAAGGAUACAUUGAAGGAUACAUUGAAGGAUACAUUGAAGGAUACAUUGAAGAAUACAUUGAAGGAUACAUUGAAGAAUACAUUGAAGGAUACAUUGAAGGAUACAUUGAAGGAUACAUUGAAGAAUACAUUGAAGGAUACAUUGAAGGAUACAUUGAAGGAUACAUUGAAGGAUACAUUGAAGGAUACAUUAAAGGAUACAUUGAAGAAUACAUUGAAGGAUACAUUGAAGGAUACAUUGAAGAAUACAUUGAAGGAUACAUUGAAGGAUACAUUGAAGAAUACAUUGAAGGAUACAUUGAAGAAUACAUUGAAGGAUACAUUGAAGAAUACAUUGAAGGAUACAUUGAAGGAUACAUUGAAGGAUACAUUGAAGAAUACAUUGAAGGAUACAUUGAAGGAUACAUUGAAGGAUACAUUGAAGGAUACAUUGAAGAAUACAUUGAAGGAUACAUUGAAGGAUACAUUGAAGAAUACAUUGAAGGAUACAUUGAAGGAUACAUUGAAGAAUACAUUGAAGGAUACAUUGAAGGAUACAUUGAAGGAUACAUUGAAGGAUACAUUGAAGGAUACAUUGAAGAAUACAUUGAAGGAUACAUUGAAGAAUACAUUGAAGGAUACAUUGAAGAAUACAUUGAAGGAUACAUUGAAGGAUACAUUGAAGAAUACAUUGAAGAAUACAUUAAAGGAUACAUUGAAGGAUACAUUGAAGGAUACAUUGAAGGAUACAUUGAAGGAUACAUUGAAGGAUACAUUGAAGAAUACAUUGAAGGAUACAUUGAAGGAUACAUUGAAGAAUACAUUGAAGGAUACAUUGAAGGAUACAUUGAAGGAUACAUUGAAGGAUACAUUGAAGAAUACAUUGAAGGAUACAUUGAAGGAUACAUUGAAGGAUACAUUGAAGAAUACAUUGAAGGAUACAUUGAAGGAUACAUUGAAGAAUACAUUGAAGGAUACAUUGAAGAAUACUUUGAAGGAUACAUUGAAGAAUACAUUGAAGGAUACAUUGAAGGAUACAUUGAAGAAUACAUUGAAGAAUACAUUGAAGAAUACAUUGAAGGAUACAUUGAAGGAUACAUUGAAAGCUAA